GCCACUUAAAGGAAAAUAAUAAUAAAAGGCUUUUGUUUUGGGUUUUAACAAUGUAGUGUAAUAUGUUUAUCUUUGUAACUGUAGUGACGCGCUACUGCGCACGUCACGAAUCAGGAAGUUGAUCGCUAUGCGAUAGUCAAUCGCAACAGCCUGCAAUCUCUCUCAGUCACCUGUUUCUCCAGCGAUCGCGUUUUUCCUUUCCCUUUGCUAAAGCAACGUCUUUUCACAAUAUUCCCAGUAAAUUUUAUGGAGAUUAAUCAUCUGUGUCCUGGAGUUUUCUUGGGAGUGUUUAAGCUGAAUGGAGCGUAGUCCAUGACAGUGAAAAGACGGCGACACAGCUAAUGAGGGACACAAGGAUCGCUUUUUCACGGAGCAAUUUAAUGCCAAGAGAAGUGGCCAACGCUACAGCAUUACAGUGUGCUUCUCAUGUUAUUGACACCGGAGUGAGUCACGAUGUCACAACGAAGCAACAGUAAAAAAGGCAAUGAAGAUAUCCAGUCAGAGACUGUGCGUUCAAGAAGCAGUCGUGCAUCUGGUACAUCGUCCAGCUCGAAGAUUAGUAUGGCUGUCGCCAUGGCAAAGGCAAAGGCCGAAGCAGCGCAAGCUAGAGCAGCACACACGCAGAAAGAAAUCGAACUUAAAGUAGAGCAAGCUCGUGUUCAAGCCAAUCUUGAUGCAUUAAAUGAGGAGAAAGAAAAGGAUGCUGCCAUAGCAGAGGCAAAUGCUCUUGUUGCCGGAUUACAAGAUAUGGGUUUUGAAGUAUGCAGUAAGGCUAGCAGCCAGGUUCCUCAAUCGGUCAAAGACCAGCGAGUCGCCGCUUAUGUGUCAGCACAAGCCAGCCUAUGCAGCAAAGGUUUAUCGGUAAGAAGAGGUAGUGACUAUACUUCACCAACGCUGCAUCCUCCACAUUCUCAAACUAAUGAUGCAAUCAUCUCAACGCCUCACCCACUCAGCACGAGUCAAAAUCAAGCUGCUGCUUCUGCAGACACUAUGCCACAUCAAGUUUAUCAAGCUCCUCAGACCAGUGGAGUGCCGCUACAACAAAGCUACAAUCCAGCGUUUAACACUUUCUCAGUUCUUCAGCGUGAUGAAAGUCGCUUGCAACAGAACGUCAAAUCGGAUCCCUCCCCUCCUGCGCGCGCACAUGUUCACAAGACACCUUAUGAAGCUAGCUAUGAUCAUUCUACUUCCACUGGAGAUCUCAUCAAAUACCUAGCUCGUAGCAGCCUGGUGACUUCAGGUUUAUCCGCAUAUGACGAUCAGCCAAUUAACUAUUGGGCCUGGAAAACAUCGUUCCUGAAUGCUAUAACCGAUCUAGACCUGUCGGCUGCAGGAGAACUUGACCUCCUCACCAGGUAUCUAGGAAAAGAGUCAACAGAGCAAGUAAGAAGAAUUAAAACUGUCAACAUUAAGGAUCCAGUCAUUGGAUUGCGCAUGGCAUGGGAACGCCUUGACAAAGUAUAUGGAUCACCAGAGGCCGUCGAGCAGGCUUUGUUCAACAAGCUAGAAAACUUCCCGAAGGUUACGAUGAAGGAUCCACGAGGACUCAGGGAUCUAGCCGACCUGUUAUCGGAGCUUCAAGCAGCCAAAGAAGAUAACUAUCUUGCAGGCUUAUCGUAUUUGGAUACCUCCAGAGGUAUUAGGCCUAUUAUCGAGAAACUACCAUACAACAUGCAAGAAAAGUGGCUUUACCUUGGAGCAAAAUACAAACAGGAACAUUUGGUUAGUUUUCCACCUUUCUCCGUGUUUGUAGACUUCAUCACCAUGGAGGCAAGGGCUCGCACUGACCCAAGUUUUAACUUCUUCACGGAAGCCACAGUGGAGAGAAAGAGUAAAUGGGAGAAACCUACUAAGACACCAGUAUACGUUCACAAGACGCAGGUCUCAGGGGUUUCUAAGGCAGAAUAUGGAGAAAGUACAGAACGUAUUGAUCCCAACAAACACUGCCCCCUGCACAAGAAGCCUCAUCCUCUGAGGAAGUGCAGAGGCUUUCGCGAGAAGAGCAUAAAUGAUCGUAAACAUCUUUUGAAAGAGCAUCAUAUCUGCUUUCGCUGUUGCUCCUCCACAGACCACAUAGCAAAGGACUGCACCGCUGAAAUAAAAUGUACAGAGUGUGGGAGUGUGGCUCAUGUGACAGCACUUCACCCCUACUCACCUACCUGGAAAUCUAAGGCAUUCCCUUCCACUUCAGAGGAUGGUGGGGAGGAGGACAAAGCAGAAAUCAGAGAGGUUAAGUCGACGUGCACUCAAGUAUGUGGUGAAGGAUUGAGCGCUAGGACAUGUGCUAAGAUCUGCCUUGUUAAUGUGUUCCCCAAUGGCUGCAAGAAUGAGUCUAAGAGAAUGUACGCCAUACUAGACGAACAGAGCAAUCGCUCCCUAGCACGGUCGGAGUUCUUUGAGAUUUUUAAGAUCUCUGGAAAUUCCUACUCAUACACCCUCAAGACCUGUGCAGGGUGUUCAGAGACGGCGGGAAGGAGAGCCAGUGGUUAUACUGUGGAGUCGGUGGACAAGAAAAUUGGCAUUCGUUUACCUACACUCCUGGAGUGCAACCAAAUCCCUAACGUUCGCACUGAGAUUCCUACGCCGGAAGCAGCCUACCAUCAAGCCCACCUAAAGCGUAUCGCUGAUAAGAUUCCGCCUUUAGAUCCGGACGCCAAAAUUCUCCUCUUACUGGGGAGAGACAUCUUACAAGUACACAAGGUCCGAGAACAGAUUAGCGGCCCAGGUGAUGCACCGUUUGCGCAAAGGCUUGAUCUAGGAUGGGUCAUCAUUGGUGAUGUGUGCCUUGGAGGUGCUCACAGAACACAAGAGGUGAGAAGCUACAAAACAGCCAUUUUCGAGAACGGCCGUACGAGUUAUCUCCAACCAUGUAACAACCAGAUCAAAAUAAAAGAGGUAUUUGAGCAAGCGUUUAGACCUCAGCAUCAUUCAGCACCAAUCUCCAUCAGUGGUUCCAUGACGCUCAGUGGAGACUGCUUAGGGCAAACUGUCUUCGCUCGUUCUCCCGAUGAUCAUAGACUCGCUGCAUCCAUGGAGGAUCUAGAGUUUCUGAAGAUAAUGGAAGCCGAGUGUUUUCAGGACAGUUCUGGAAGUUGGGUCGCACCUUUACCCUUUCGGUUGCCGAGACAGCGGCUGCCCAACAACAGGAAGCAGGUUUUUGACCGUUUUGUCUCGCUCCAGCGCUCACUGGACAAACGACCACAGAUGAAAGCCGAUUUCCUAGAGUUUAUGGAGAAGAUGUUCAAGAAGCCACACGCUGAAGUUGCUCCACCAGUACAGCCUGGACAAGAGUGUUGGUACUUACCCCUGUUUGGUGUGUAUCAUCCAAGGAAACCAGAUAGGAUUCGUGUGGUCUUCGACAGUAGUGCAUCAUGUGAAGGAGUGUCGCUCAACGAUGUCUUGCUAACUGGUCCCAACCUUAAUAAUAGCCUGUUAGGUGUCCUUAUGAGGUUCAGGAAGGAACAGGUGGCGAUCACUGCCGACAUCGAGCAGAUGUUCCACUGCUUUGUAGUCAAGGAAGACCAUCGUGACUUUCUUCGCUUUCUGUGGUACAGGGACAAUGACCCUACCUCCGACAUCAUUGAUUACAGAAUGCGGGUGCACCUUUUUGGGAAUAGUCCCUCGCCUGCCGUUGCAGUGUAUGGUCUGCGACGGGCAGCUAAGAAAGCAGAAGCAGACUAUGGUAGUGAUGCAAGAAGAUUCAUCGAACGCGAGUUCUAUGUUGACGAUGCUCUGAAGUCCUUCAGCACAGAGGAAGAGGCCGUCAGCGUCCUAGGGCGAGCACAGAAGAUGCUUGCAACUUCUAACCUCAGGCUACACAAAAUUGCUUCAAACCGAAUGGCAGUUAUCGAAGCAUUUCCAUUUGAAGAUCGCACCAAGGACAUCAACAGCUUAGAUCUUUUCGUUGAUGAUUUGCCAAUACAACGUAGCCUUGGAUUGCUCUGGAACAUGCGCACAGAUACAUUCAUGUUUCGAAUCGAAGAUGACCAGAGGCCAUUCACUCGUAGAGGAGUGCUUUCGACUGUGAACAGCCUCUACGAUCCUCUAGGAUUCCUCGCACCCAUCACGGUCCAUGGAAGACUGAUACUCAGAGAGCUAACUAAGCAAGCAGAGGAUUGGGACACACCUCUUCCCAAAGACAUGGAGACUGAAUGGACUAGAUGGAAACGAUCGCUCCAAGAUCUGGAGGGACUCCAAAUACCACGUCCUUAUACGUCAUUCUCCACUGCAGGUGCUCUAAGAAGAGAGCUUUAUGUCUUUGCAGAUGCAUCGGUAAAGGCAAUAGCAGCCGUAGCCUACAUCAAGGUGACAAGCCACCAGGAACAGACUGAGAUUGGCUUUGUCUUCGGGAAAGCAAAGUUGGCACCUCAGCCCGAUCUAACCAUUCCAAGGCUUGAGCUUUGUGCGGCUGUACUCGCCAUCGAGAUCGCUGAGAUGAUAGUUUCAGAGAUGGACACUAUGUUUGACAACAUCGUCUACUACACAGAUAGCAAGGUUGUAUUGGGAUACAUCCAGAACCAGUCGAGAAGAUUCUAUGUCUACGUACACAACAGGAUCCAAAGAAUCCGUCAGUCACCUUGUUCUGGCCUUUGGAAGUACGUCCCAACACACCUAAACCCAGCCGACAUUGGAUCAAGAACUGUGACUUCAGACUUGCUUAGCAGCACAACUUGGCUCAAAGGUCCAGCCUUUCUUCAUGAUGCGUCUUUGCAUUCACCUGAGAUUCAAGAAGCUUACGACCUUAUCGACCCUGACGCUGACUCUGAAGUGCGUCCCCAGGUGGUGGCAAGCUUCACUCGUGUUACUAAAGAUGUGAUACAUCCACAACGCUUCGAACGUUUCUCCAAGUUCAGCACUCUCCUUACAGCCGUAGCUCGCCUCAUUCAUGUGGCUCGUUCCUUCGCUCACUCUAUCCAGGAUGAAUGUCAAGGGUGGCAUGUCUGUCGACCUACAGAGGAAGAAUUGUUGAAAGCCAAAGUGUGUAUUGUGAAGAGUGUCCAGAACGAGUACUAUUCAGAGGAGCUUAAGUGUAUUAACUCAGGAUCCAACCUUCCACUAAAUAGCAGCCUUUGGAAGUUGCACCCCAUCUUAGACCAAAACCAACUUCUUAGAGUAGGAGGUCGAAUUGAGCAAUCGGAUCUGAGUAUAGAUGAGGUUCAUCCCAUCAUCAUUCCUGGCCGGCAUCAUCUAGCUACUCUGAUUGUGUCUCACUAUCACGACGCAGUGAAACACCAGGGAAGACAUCUGACCGAAGGUGCCAUUCGAACAGCAGGAUUUUGGCUAGUGGGAGCUAAACGCUGCAUUAGUAGUUUACUUCACAAAUGCGUCACUUGUAGGAAACUGAGAGGCAAAAUGGAACAUCAGCAGAUGGCAGCUCUGCCAGCAGAACGGGUACAAGUAGCACCUCCUUUCACUUAUGUAGGUGUCGACGUUUUUGGACCCUGGGAGAUCGUUUCACGUCGUACAAGAGGAGGAGUCUUCAACUCUAAACGAUGGGCUGUGAUGUUCUCUUGUAUGUGUUCGAGGGCAGUUCACAUCGAGGUGAUUGAAGCCAUGGGUACCAGCAGUUUUAUCAAUGCCUUGAGGAGAUUCUUUGCUAUCAGGGGCCCCGCAAAGCAGAUACGUUCCGACUGCGGAACUAACUUCAUCGGCGCGUCGCGUGAAUUAGAAAUGGACCUGUCGAAUCCUGGUUUCAAACGAGUAGAGGAGUACUUGAACACCCAGAACUGCACCUGGGUAUUCAACCCACCCCACGCAUCUCACAUGGGUGGGGCUUGGGAACGGAUGAUCGGCAUUGCCCGUCGUAUUCUGGAUUGCAUGUUGCUUGAGCAGAAAAGGUCUCAUCUUUCACAUGAAGUCCUGACAACCCUCAUGGCCGAAGUAACAGCGAUCAUGAAUGCCAGACCACUCAUUCCAGUCUCGUCAGAUCCGGAAUCGCCUCUCAUCCUCACCCCAGCGAUGCUCCUAACUCUCAAGCUAGGCUCUGCGCCUCCUCCUCCAUCAGGAAGCUUUCAAGAAGCGCAUCUCAUCAGAGUACAAUGGAAACAAGUUCAGAGCCUAGCAGACAUGUUUUGGAACAAAUGGAAACAUGAAUACCUCAAAACAUUACAGCUUCGGUACAAGUGGCAAGGAAAGAGGCCGAACCUUCAAGAAGGAGAUGUGGUUCUCUUGAAAGACAAUCAAGCUAAGAGAAAUCAAUGGCCGGUCGGUCUCAUCACGAAAACCUUUCCAGAAGAGGAUGGAUUAGUUCGGAAAGUUCAAGUGGAAAUUGUUAAAGAUGGAGCCAGAAAGGCCUUUUCUCGGCCUGUUACAGAAGUAGUUUUGCUUCUUUCUUCAAAGUCUGAUUCUGUCAAUUGAUGUGGGCUCUUCAAAGACCCCAGGUGGGGAGUGUCGAUAGUCAAUCGCAACAGCCUGCAAUCUCUCUCAGUCACCUGUUUCUCCAGCGAUCGCGUUUUUCCUUUCCCUUUGCUAAAGCAACGUCUGUGAGUAUUUCUUAUCAUGCAAUAUUAGGAUAAUGUCUAUUUUUAUCUUUGUGAGACUAUUGAGAAGGCUAAGUUUGCUUUAUGUUAUUACUGCUGAUUGUUUACUAGCUCGAUUUUGUUUAUCAUAUACAUCACCGCUGUGUAGAUAAUCCGUUCUGUUUUCUCUGUAUUUGGAUCUAAUAUUAAUAUACAUCUCAUUUGCAUUGUAUUACAGUUUCACAAUAUUCCCAGUAAAUUUUAUGGAGA